UAGAUUUGGAAGCAUCUGUGGGUAUCGAUUGGUUCGCCAUGUCCUUCCGUAAACGAACUCUGCUCAAGGUUAUUGUCCUCGGCGACAGUGGGGUUGGCAAGACGUCAUUGAUGAAUCAAUAUGUACAUAAGAGAUUCAGUCAACAAUAUAAAGCUACAAUUGGAGCUGAUUUUGUGACCAAGGAGUUACAGAUAGAUGACAAGAUUGUUACACUGCAAAUAUGGGACACUGCUGGCCAGGAGAGGUUUCAAAGUCUUGGUGUUGCAUUUUAUAGAGGAGCCGAUUGCUGUGUUUUAGUGUAUGAUGUAAAUGUAAUGCGAUCAUUUGACACACUUGACAACUGGCAUGAGGAAUUUCUCAAGCAGGCAAACCCAUCAGAUCCCAGUUCUUUUCCAUUCAUAUUGCUUGGCAACAAGAUUGAUAUAGAUGGUGGAAAUAGCCGAGUGGUUUCUGAGAAGAAGGCAUUGGACUGGUGUACUUUUAAAGAGAAUAUACCUUACUAUGAGACAUCUGCAAAGGAAGACUACAAUGUGGAUGCUGCAUUUCUAUGUAUUGCCAAAAGUGCAAUGGCAAACGAGCACGAGCAGGAUCUAUACUUCCAGGGCGUCCCAGAUGCCGUAACAGAAACAGAACAACGUGGUGGCUGCGCAUGCUAAAUUUAACACGGGUUCUGUUUCAUCUCCUAUGCUUUUGUUGCUUAUUCUUUUUUACUACCAUUUUUUGCUGUUGAUACUUGCCAUUUUUUGUACCUAAACAACACGAGGCUCCCGCAACAGCUGCACGCAUGCACCACAUGUUUGCGGUUGCUGUUAAUAUCAAGUAGUUUUUCUCUGUUUGCCGAGACACUAAAAUGUAGGAUCUUUGUAUCUGAUGAUUGCCUGAUCGGCCAAGUUUUAUGCCAGUUUUUUUAUCUAUUC